UGGACUCUUGUACCAGCAAAGCUUCCAAUAAAGAAGGUGAUGUCUACAAGCAACUUAAGUUACAUGCGGGAUAAUGUCUUGAAGGGCUGAACCUUCUCAGAUUCUUUCUUUCCUGAACCAACAAUAAGACAGAGGUAAUGCUUUGUCUCCUCAACUUUAAUGCCAGUUUCUUCAGAUGGAGUCGGUCAGUUUUUUCUUUCUUACAUUAUGUCUCCUUUUGGGGUAAGCAUGCUUGAAUCAAACCAGCAACCUCAAGAUUGCACGAUAUCGCCAUGUAGAUGUAGUUGAUCUCAUGGUAGAAAGAAAAAUGAAAACCAAGCUGACAUAACUUCUCUUAUUGUUUCACCACAUGGCCGGACAGUGAGAGCCCUGCACACUUUAGUAUAGUUCCCCUGAAACUCCACAAGUUGACUCUCGAAUGGCGCUAAUGGAAGCAAAUAUAAGAAAAGAGUCUAGUGGGGCCCCGGUUCGGCUCUGCUUGACGCUGAUGGCGAGUUGCGACGACUUGACUGAACCCAGGCAGCUAUACCAUAACGGAGGAUAUGGACCAUCUGUUACAGAAAAUAUCGUCGAAUUCCAACUCCAAAAUCGGUGUAUCGACCAGGGAAGAUGAGAGGUAGGAGAAGAGAUGAGAUGAAAUUGUUGAAGUUGUUGGACGCUGGGAGAGAGGAAGAGAGAGAGAACAUGGAGUCAAGGAUUCAUGAAGCCGCCCUGAAGGGGAGCGUUGCUUGCUUGCUGGAAUUACUUGAAGAAGAUCCACUCAUCCUCGAUAGGACUAUUGAUACGGAUGCUCGCAUGUCGGAGACACCUCUGCACGUCGCGGCGAUGCUGGGCCAUGUCGAUCUCGCCAGAGAACUUCUGACACGAAAACCCCAACUUGCCAGCGGGCUGAACGCCAAAGGGUCUUCACCUCUUCACUUGGCAUCCGCCAAAGGGUACCUCCAAAUAGUUAGAGAUCUGAUAUCCAUCUCUCCGGAAAAUUGUCUCGCCCGGGAUCAAGGUGGCAGAACCCCUCUUCACCUAGCAGCAAUGAAAGGCCGAGUUGCAGUCCUGGACGAGUUAAUCCGGGCCAAACCGGAAGCGAGUCGAGUGCCCCUGACGAGUCGAGGGGAGACAGUUCUACACCUAUGCGUGAAGCACAACCGAUUAGAGGCGUUAAAGCUAUUGCUGGAGAAAGAUGACGAGUCAGUAAACUGGAAGGAUGAGGAUGGCAACACCAUCCUUCAUCUCGCCGUGGUCAAGAAGAGCAUCCGGACCAUAAGAUUUCUUCUCGCUAAUACCAGAGUAGAAGUAAACUCUCUGAAUGCGAACGGCUGCACGGCCUUGGAUGUUUUAGCGAAAGGCCCGGGAGAUGCAAAAGACACCACCAUCUACCAGAUACUUGAAGGCACCGGGGCUCUGAGAGCCAAGGAUAUACCUCCGGCGGCAGCAGGCGAUGAGAUUCCUACAGCAAAAACUUCAUCGACCAAUAAGCAGGUUAAGAAGCCUAAGCCUGAGAAGAAGCGGCAAACGGAUUGGCUGGGCAGGAAGAAAAGUGCACUGAUGGUGGUGGCGUCGCUCAUAGCAACGGUGGCCUUCCAGGGCGUAAUUGCGCCACCGGGUGGCGUUUGGCAAGACGAUCUCACAACCGAUUCGAACGGCAAUCCCGUAGAAAAGCCUCACUUCGCGGGGACAUCUGUAUUGGCCUACAACAUUCCGAUCGCCUACGGUCAGUACAUAAUCUUCAAUACGCUCGGAUUCCUUGCAUCCCUGAGCAUAAUCUUGCUGCUGGUGAGCGGGCUACCUCUGAAACGACGGAGAUGGAUGUGGGCUCUAAUGGUUAUCAUGUGGCUUGCCGUGUCGUCGCUGGUUCUGACGUACUUCAUCUCGCUGCUGCACAUGACGCCGGACAGUGUGAAGGGUGUUCUGUAUUAUGUAACCAAAAUUUCGGUGCUGGCGUGGUUGGGAUUGAUGGGUGUUGUCUUACUGGCCAAUUUUAUUCGCGUCAAGUUAUGGUUGGCGAGGAAGUAUGGGGUGGUGAAGGAAACACAGAUGAAUAAGCCUGCAGUCCCUAUGGACCCAAACCAUGACUAUGAUUCUGGUGAUGAUUUUUGAAAUAUGGGUAAUGCAUUUCAGAAAAUUCUUCGAAAUCCAUUUCAACUUUGUAAAGAUGGCAGUACCUAUUUGGUGAUAUUAUCGAGUAAAGAGCACAGAGCUUCGCUGUUUUUGUGUGUUUGUUUGUUAAUUUGGUUGUAGAGGUAGUAGCAGAAAGUGAUUCAUUGUUCUUUGAUGUAUAGAAUAUAUGGAAUGGUAUAUUUCAGACCA